GAACUGGGACAUAACCUUGUUUCAUGGGCGGUUAGAAUACGCGUUCAAGUGCACAUCUCUAGUCUAGGACAGCAACAUAUUGCAAUGUCAUGUUUUCACAGUACCCCUUGUUACUGAGAAUGGAUUGAGCCAGUUGCGAGGGAGGCAACGACCGAGAGAAGUGCACAUUGCCGCUAUCAAAAUAGAGCAGACCCGAUUCUUCUGGUAUAGUCAACCCUGAUAGCUGCCGGAUGAAACACGCAUAUUGCCCCUGUUGUAACGGAAUGGAAAGGGGUGUUUGGCGUGCGUGAAAACGCAAAAAAAAAAAAAAAAGAAAAAAAAAAAAGCCCUGCCGUGGGAUUUAAAAACAAAAGGGAUUCGCUAUUUUGCUGGAUUUUUGAGAUUUAAAAUAGAAUUGUUGCGUUUUUCAGAGGGCAGUCUGCUGCAAAGAAUCAAGUCACUUAACUUAAUUGUCCAAAGAACUGCACAUCCAGUGAGGAUUCAAGAGACUGAGCUUUACUGAAAUGAUCUACCUUGCACUACCAGAAUAACUGGUGCGAGACAUUAAGCGUACAGAAAAUUGCUAGAAGUGAAAUGAUGCAAAAGCAGCAGCAGCAGCAGCGCCGAACCUCCCCGGGGAGUGUGUGCUCCUCCCGGGGACCCAGUGUGCCGGGCUCCCCCUCAGCAACCAUCGUGGCAAGAAUGGAUAACCAAGUGUUGGGGUACAAGGACUUGGCCGCCAUCCCCAAAGACAAAGCGAUAUUAGACAUCGAGCGCCCCGAUUUAAUGAUCUACGAACCACAUUUUAAUUACUCAGACCACCCGAGAAGUAGAGAGCGAUCCAUGUCUCCACGAUCGAUAUCACCCCCACUUUCUCCAGAGAAUUUCACCUGCAAGGAGCCGGGCGAGUGGGGAGACCAGAGAUCUCCAGGAAGCGUCUCCGUGGCUUCUGCAGCUCACAGCCGUCGCAGCUCCAGCGCAGCAGGGAUGCAGCACUUUCACAGACCAGAUAACGGUGCAAAUAUCUACAAGAAACCUCCAAUCUACAAAAAAGGAGAACCCUCCAUGGCAGUCCCUCUCAGUAAACACAUAGACGAUAUCAUCAUUGAAUCAUCCAAGUUCCCAGCCGCCCAACCUCCUGACCCAAACAAGCCUUCCAAGAUUGAGACUGACUACUGGCCCUGCCCUCCCUCCCUCGCAGCUGUGGAGACUGAGUGGAGGAAACGGGCGGCUACUAAAAAAACAGGUGAGGAAGAGGAAGAGGAGUAUGAUGACGGAGAUCUGUCAGAGGAAGUGCAGCGACUUCAGAGACAAGAGCUCAGCAAGAUCCAAUCCAACCUGGGGAAAUUGAUCCUGAAGGAAGAAAUUGAGAAAUCGAUACCCAUUCGGAGGAAAACCCGCUCCCUGCCCGACAGGACCCAGCUGCAUAUUCACUCCUCAAGCACCUUCAAAUCAGCCUCUCUCCCAGUCUGCAGCCGGAACAGCCUCUCCAGGCUCCAGUCUGCAGAGUUUUCAUCACCAGAAAGUAAUAACGGGGGACAAGGUAUGGUAAAUGGUGAUGCACAAAGGGGAAGGAUGGACAGAGGAAACUCACUGCCAAGUAUGCUUGAACAGAAGAUUUAUCCUUAUGAAAUGUUAAUUGUGACCCACAGAGGGCGUAGCAAACUCCCGGUGGGAGUCGACAGAACAAGACUCGAGAGGCAUCUGUCACCGGAGGACUUUGAGCACUUGUUUGGAAUGGAGAUCAAAGAAUUUGACAGGCUAUCGCUUUGGAAACGGAACGACUUGAAGAAAAAAGUGUCACUCUUUUAAUCCAGAAAAUUUUUUAAAAAAAUGUCUUCACAAAACAAAUGUGAAGGACAGGAAAUCUUUUUCUGGCCAGUUACUGUGCUAUAUCAUAUCAUGUGAUUUAAUGAGUCCUGUCAAUGAAAUAUUUAUGUAGAAAAAGAAAUGAAAGCAACCAUAGACACAGACCUGCCCAGGGUCAAAGCAACUCUAUAUAUUAUAUCUCUCACUGCAGCUAUGAGUAGGAAUGUACAAAUAAAGGCCGUUUCCUGUUCCUGAUGGAGCUUAUUUUAUGUUUGUUCAGUUUCGCCAUCACAGGUGUAGCAUUUCAGGCUGGGCGAACUUGCCCUGAUUUACCCCUGUGACAGGGAUGGCGGAUGGUGACGUCAGAAAUACAAAACAAUAACCUGCACAGGGGCGGAGGGGGAGACCCCGUUCUAAAAAUAAAUAAAUCAAUCAAUGUACAGGGCUCCAAGCCCUGUUACAACCCCAUUUGCCCUUUUAAAUUUCAAUGGGAUGUGUACAAUAUAUGCAAUUGGAAGAGAGUUAAUAUUUUUGUAACAUGGUACACUGUAAGACCUUCACAAGGCUGCACUGUAUAACCAUGUGCACAGCAGACAUAACAUGCAUAUAUUUAUUCAUAUUUUUUUUUGUUAAAUGCAUUGUCAUCACAUUGCGCUGGCUUGCUCAUCAGUAGUAAACAGUAAACCUGUUGAUGUAUCAUGUUCUUGAUUGAUUUAACAUUUGAGAGUUUCUGGACCACAAACGUACCUACAUCAAUGUAGAAUUUCCAUAUUCCUUGUUUCAUUUUCAUCCAGCUUUAAACACCAGGUGGCGAUGCAACAAUGCAGAGGAGCAAACAGGCAAGCCAGGAAACAACAGCUUGUCGUGGGAAGGUAAACGUGAACUUGAACCUUGCAAAGCUACACUGCAUAGCUGUUGGCAAGACCUGGUCCAGAAUCUCUCUGUGGCUGUUCACAGCUUAAUGCUUUAUGCUGUCCACAGGUUACCAAGGCAACCCAAGUGUCAAUCACAUUUUGUUUUACAGCGUCAUACUUAAAAUGUGAAACAAAAAAACAGUGCUUAAAACAAAUAAUGGCCACCCUCAUUGAAAUAGACUGCACUGGGCUACAAUCACUUUUCUUUUAAGAGUGUAACCUUUCAGCUUUCAAAUCAAAGUACUGUGAGCCACAGCAUCUGCUCCCCCUUUUGUUGUUCUGAAGAACAUUGCCUAUUAUUUUUCAUCUAUGGUGUUGUAUUACUGCAUACUGUUGGAAAACUCCUUAGGUGAAGAACAAAAAAUGAACCAAAAUGGAUUUAAAUAAAAAAAACCUGGUUAUCGCUCCUUUAAGAGAAUUCAGAAGGUACCACCCCAACUGGAAGAAGCACACUGAACCAAUAAAUAGCUGCUUUUUAAAGGGCGCCUGUUUUCAGAGCCGUGCGUUUUCCAAGUGGGAAAGGUUCAGUCUCUUUCCCAGCAGCCUCUCAGUGUUGAUGGAGUGGGGGGUUUCUCCAAACUGCAGUCUUCACAGACCACUAGGCAGACUCUCAGAAGGUAACAGCUGGAACUGUUUUCAUCAGGAGUGCAAUCAAAAUGAUUUUGUCCGACGCUGCUGUUGUAAGGCACACUAGCUGUACUCCGUGCAUUACACUGCAGUGCAUGCCAGCCAAACAUCUCUGCAAUAGCAAGCUUGUAUCUGUUUUUUCUAAAAUGACAAAUAAUUUCAACAGCUUAUUUCUGAAAUGUGUGGAGUGAGAUUGAAGACCUGUAGAAGUGUUUAGCGAUUUGAAAGGUGAGAGUGGUUUUCUGGAGGGGAGCUACUGUAGUUUUAGAAUGCUAUUAGAAAAUGAAUUGGUUGGGUUGCUACUGCAUGAUACUGGUUUAGUAUAUUCCCAAAUAAAGAUUAUGACACACACAAACCAACACGUUUCUGUGUGUUAUGCUGUCGUAAGUAGACUGUAUAUCUGUGUGCAUACUGAACACAGCUGUGUAUAUUUUUGUAUUCUUUUUUUUCUAUCAGUGAGUCCAACCAUUUACAAAAAAAAAAAAAAUGACAUUGAUUUAUUAUUCCUGUUAAAAAUGAUCAUCGUUCUCGAAGAUUGUGGAUCCUUCAUGUUUUUCUCCGCUCUUUGUGUGUGUGUGUGUGUUUUUAAUGAGGAUCUGUUAAAAAUCUAUUGCUCAAUGCCUGACUGUUUUCCCUAACAGGGUUGAAGUUAGAAAGCAGUGAUAUAUUUAAAUACCUUUAUCACUCUUAAAUCUUUAGAAGUUAUGAGAAAUGUCAGCAAUAAAAAAGCAAUGGAUGUGUCCUUGCUUUCA